GUAAUUGGACUCCAGCAUGAUCACUGUUUCCAAGCUUGCAGUUGCAGAGAGCGAGUUCCCGAAGAGAGCUAAUUUGCUUAUUUCAAUUUCAAUUGCAAUUUGGGCUUCUUAUGAUCUUAUCCUUCACUCUCUCUUACUUUCUUCCAUUUCUUUAGUUUUUUUGCAGCUCCUUAGAUUAUCUGCUUCAUUUCUCUGAGGUAUCAUGAAGGGCGGCCAUGAAACCAAGCCGGUGAAUGCAAGAUUCCGUGAUCCUUUACUUGCAUUGGAUCUGUUGGUGUUACCGCAUUGUCCUGUCUUUCAUCUUCAAUUGCAGAUGCCAAGAAUGGAGGAUAUCCUUAAUCUUCCAGUGCAAGAUCCUCCUUGUGCAGAGUUUUCCGCGUCACAUAUAAAGUGGGUGAAAAUAGAAGGCGGUCGUCAAGGUGGUGAUGAUAUUGCUCUUGUUCCUUUUUCUAGAGUUGAUGAUUUUGUAAAAGGGGAAUCUUCAAAUGUGGAAUGCCCUGCUAGCUUCCGCAUUGAAUCGAGGAGAAAGAGAUCUGAAGGGAGCAUCAGCAAACCAAGGGUUGACGGCUAUCUUGAAUAUACACUAUAUUGGUGUUCAUAUGGACCUGAAGACUACCGAGAUAAUGAGUCUGGUAUAGGGGAUGGCUCUAACGCCAAACCUGCAACUGGGAAGGGCAGCAGGCCAGGAAGGCGCCAUAUGAUGAGAGGUUGCCUUUGCCAUUUUACUGUAAAACGUCUGUACACCCGUCCGUUCUUGGCUCUUAUCAUAUAUAAUCAAAGAAAACAUGUGGAUAAAACAGGGGCCCCAUGCCAUGGGAUGCUUGAUCUGGAUGCUGUGGGGACAAGAGCCAUGUAUGCUCCAAGGAUUUCAGAAGAAUUGCGCCAGAAAGUGAUGUCUAUGCUUUAUGUUGGGAUAUCUUUAGACAAUAUAAUACAGCAUCACACAGAUGUGGUGCAGGGUCAUGGUGGCCCCCACAACCGUGAUGAUUUUCUUACUCGGAAUGAUGUUCGUAACAUGGAGAGGGUUGUACGUAAUUCUUCGCACAAAAUGCACGCAAAUGAUGAUUGUAGUGUAAAAUUGUGGGUGCAACGUCAUCAGAAGCAUGUAUUUUUCUUCCAAGAAAACUCUGGAACGAAUCCAUUUAUUCUGGGUAUACAGACAGAUUGGCAGUUGCAGCAUAUGCUCCGAUAUGGACAUAAUGGUUCUGUAGCUUCUCAUUCAACAUUUGGGUUGAAGAAACUUAAGUAUCCUCUGUGUACCUUACUUGUUUUUGAUUCAUCUCGGAAUGCAAUUCCGGUUGCUUGGGUCAUUGCCUCUUCGUUUGUUAGUCAAGAUACCCACAAAUGGUUUGGUUCUCUAGCUGAAAAGAUCCGAACCAAGGAUCCUGGAUGGAGGCCCAAUGCCUUUCUAGUUGAUGAUCCUUCCCUUGACAUCUCUAUCAUAAGAGAGGCUUUCCAUUGUCGGGUGCUAUUAUGCACUUGGCGUGUUCGUCGUGCUUGGAUAAGAAGCCUUUUGAAGAAAUGCUGCAAUAUUGAUGUGCAGCGAGAGAUGUUUAAGCACUUGAGUUGGAUUUUGUACUCUACAAGAAGUGGGCCAAGUGCUGUGGAUGCAGUUGAAGAAUUCAUGCAAGUUUAUGUUGAUCAAAGUAUCUUCAUGGAUUAUUUUAAGAGGAGAUGGUUACCAUAUAUAGAGUUGUGGAAUAAUGGCAUAAGGUCUCUCCCUGUGGCUGGUACAGAGCCCGUGGCUGCAAUUGAAUCCUAUCACAUAAGGUUGAAAUCCAAGCUUUUUGAUGAGCAACAUGCUAAUUCUAAUUCCUGGGCAAGAAUUGACUGGUUAAUCCACACUUUGACGACUGCAUUUCACUCCUUAUAUUGGUUAGAUCAAUACAGUUUAGAAAGUGGAUAUUUUGCAAGUUUAAGGGAUGAGUCUUUCUUAUCUAAUGCUUGGUAUCAGGCUCUUCACAUUUCUGAUGUUGAUGUGAUGUUGGAUGAGCAAAAUCUCCAACUUGCAAAAGUCAUCUCUCAAACGGACAGAAGUUUGGCAUAUACAAUUUGGAAUCCUGGUACAGAAUUCUCCCUCUGCGAUUGUCCCUGGUCAAGACUGGGAAAUCUCUGUAAGCAUGUCAUCAAGGUGGCAGUUAUAUGUAAAAAUCGGCAGGUUGCAAGGCCGUUACUGGCAACUCAAGUCUAUAGGCAGGCCUUGCUUACCCUUCUUCAGAAUCCCACUGAUGAUCCUGUAGUUCUUGAGCAUGCAAUUUUGCUUGCAACCCGUUUGCAACAGGAUAUAAAAGGCUUGGAAGACUUGUCUAGUAAUGGUUUGCUCCAGCCUUUACCUCCUGAAGCGAACCCUCAAAUGGGAGAGAAUCUGCUUUUUCCAUUUUCUUUGAUCAGGCAUUAAAAAGUUGAUUGGGUUUUCUAAUUCAGCCUGAAGCUCUUGAGCUAUAUGAGCAGUGUUUUGAAUGAGACUCGGAAUUUUCGUUCCUUGAUCUACUGGCAGCCUGACUUCAUAUGAAAUCAUAUGGUUCGAAGUCCUGUGUGUAUGGAAAUUGGAGUCUUCACCAGCAAGGGCACAUUAUAUAUUUUAAAAUGUUCUAAUUUCUCUUUCCACGUCUUAGCUUGUGGUAUCCUUGGCUGGGGCCUAGAGGGGAAACAAGAAAAAAGAAGAGUUUGUUAUUAGAAUUCUCUGACUUCCCUGAGGUCCAUAGUUGUCUAUUUGCCUGUGACUGAGAAAAAGAUAACUUAUCUUCCGGGUCCAAGUCACGGCGUUCUUGUUGGACAAAUCAAAAGAAUAAGAUGAUUAUCUAGAAGUGAAUCAAUUAAAAGGGUGGAAGAGCAAGCAGCACAUAGAAUCUCGCUUUGUCAAAAUUUCUUGUUAAGUUAUCCAGGUUUCAGCAUCCACUGGUUAUUACAUGGCAUAUAGUUUACUUGUCUUUAGCUUGUUUCUAGUAUCCUUUUAAUAAAAAAAAAAGUACCAUUUUGUCCCCCAAUUGUAUUAAGGGUACCCCAUCCUUCUCUUUACCAAUCCCUGCCUACCAAUCCUGAGGAGGAUAGAAGUGGAACAAGACUUGUGUACCCUGGAAAAAAGUAGAGUACCUGCCUAAAGACUUGUGUACCCUAGAAAAAGAAGAAUAAGAAAAAUAAGCUAAGAAGCCAAAGGAAGAAGAUGAUUAGCCAACUGAGAAAGCUGACAUGAUAAAUAAGUGUCUGAAGCCUUUCACAUGCCCAUUUAGCGGGUGAAAUUAUUCCAUGCGUACAUUCUUAAUUUUAUAUUUGGAGGCAGAGUAGAUCUAUAAUACCUUUUAUCCAGAAAUAGGGGAAAAACAUUUCAACCACUGAAAAAUCUAGAACUGGAGGCUGCCUUUAAGCAAUAAUAACAAAACUGUGAAUGCUCUGAUACUCAUCAUUUCUUAUGCUGAUGAGAAAGGAACAAUAAAAAGCUGUUGUGUGGUCAUUGACCAAA